AGAAAGGAAGUGACAUGUAACUAGUCAGUCGUCAGUGCACAGCAGCUCGGCUGAACUUGCAAAAAUCUUACAUUUGUCUGCAGGUAAACAAAAAAAGUUCAGCAUAUACAGAGAGAGGAAAGUUCAACAUUUACUUGGAACAAACAAACAAAAAAAGACAAGAAGGGAGGAGGAGCAAAGAGGGAGGAAACCUGAAAGUGGAAGUCUGUUCAGUCUCCAUUUUAAACUCCACGGAGCAGAAGGAGAACAGGCAGAUUGAAGGCUUGUGUUACUGGUUUACCUCUCAGACUUGAGAAGAUGAGUAAUUUGGAGGAUCACAAGGACAGAUCAAAGCCUCCAGCAGGAUCCAGUCUGAAUACUGACCAGUCUAAAACAAAACCUGCAGUCCACGAACAAGGACCUGGACCCUCAGACACAAAAUUGAGGGGCUGCAGUUUGUCAGAGACCAGCUGUGCUUCUCUGGUCUCAGCUCUGAAGUCCAACCCCUCGCAUCUGAGAGAGCUGGAGCUGAGUAACAACAAGCUGCAGGAUUCAGGAGUGAAGCUGCUGUCUGCUGGACUGGAGAGUCCACACUGCAGACUGGAGACUCUGAGAUUGAGGUGGUGCAGUUUGUCAGAGACCAGCUGUGCUUCUCUGGCCUCAGCUCUGAAGUCCAACCCCUCCCAUCUGAGAGAGCUGGAGCUGAGUAACAACGAGCUGCAGGAUUCAGGAGUGAAGCUGCUGUGUGGUUUUCUGGAGAGUCCAAACUGCAGACUGGAGACUCUGAGAUUGAGGGGCUGCAGUUUGUCAGAGACCAGCUGUGCUUCUCUGGCCUCAGCUCUGAAGUCCAACCCCUCGCAUCUGAGAGAGCUGGAGCUGAGUAACAACAAGCUGCAGGAUUCAGGAGUGAAGCUGCUGUGUGGUUUUCUGGAGAGUCCAAACUGCAGACUGGAGACUCUGAGAUUGAGGGGCUGCAGUUUUUCAGAGACCAGUUGUGCUUCUCUGGCCUCAGCUCUGAAGUCCAACCCCUCCCAUCUGAGAGAGCUGGAGCUGAGUAACAACGAGCUGCAGGAUUCAGGAGUGAAGCUGCUGUCUGCUGGACUGGAGAGUCUUAACUGCAGACUGGAGACUCUGAGAUUGAGGGGCUGCAGUUUGUCAGAGACCAGUUGUGCUUCUCUGGCCUCAGCUCUGAAGUCCAACCCCUCCCAUCUGAGAGAGCUGGAGCUGUGUGACAACAUGCUGCAGGAGUCAGGAGUGAAGCUGCUGUCUGCUGGACUGGAGAGUCCAAACUGCAGACUGGAGACUCUGAGAUUGAGGUGGUGCAGUUUGUCAGAGACCAGUUGUGCUUCUCUGGCCUCAGCUCUGAAGUCCAACCCCUCCCAUCUGAGAGAGCUGGAGCUGAGUUACAACAAGCUGCAGGAUUCAGGAGUGAAGCUGCUUUGUGGUUUUCUGGAGAGUCCAAACUGCAGACUGGAGACUCUGAGAUUGAGGCGCUGCAGGUUGUCAGAUACCAGCUGUGCUUCUCUGGCCUCAGCUCUGAAGUCCAACCCCUCCCAUCUGAGAGAGCUGGAGCUGAGUAACAACGAGCUGCAGGAUUCAGGAGUGAUGCUGCUGUCUGCUGGACUGGAGAGUCCAAACUGCAGACUGGAGACUCUGAGAUUGAGUUCCUGCCGUUUGUCAGAGACCAGUUGUGCUUCUCUGGCCUCAGCUCUGAAGUCCAACCCCUCCCAUCUGAGAGAGCUGGAGCUGAGUGACAACAAUCUGCAGGAUUCAGGAGUGAAGCUGCUCUCUUAUAAUGUGGAGAGUCCAAACUGCAGACUGGAGACUCUGAGGAUCGAUGGCAAGUUGAUCACAGCUGAGAAACACAAAAAAUAUGACUCCAUUGUCAAGCUGGAUGUGAAAGAAAACCUGCCUGAGGCGAAAAAUGCUCCAUUAUCCUUCUCACCUGAACAGAUAACUGAAUCUGCAUACAGGUUCAGGUGUCCUGGUCCAGGUUUGUUCCGGUGCACUUUGACUGGGCUGGUCUUUGGUAUGGCUCAGGAGGCGGAGCUGCUAUACAGGACUGUCCAAUGGGACGAGAGCCUCCUCCAAUCAGCCGGCAAGACGGCUGCAGGGCCGCUGUUCAAAAUCAAGUGCUCUGAGGACGCUGCUGUUUGUCAGCUCCACCUCCCACACUGUGAAACUAAGGAUGCAUUGCUUAUUGAUGGCCUGAUGUCCGUCGCCCACAUCACUGAUGAUGGAAUGAGCAUCUUGGAGCCGCUGGAGAUUACAGACACUCAUGUGGUUGUGAAGGUCCCUCACCUCUCCGCCUUUGGCCUGCUCUGGGACUUCGUUAAAAGGUUUCUGAACAUCUCACUGCCAAUAAAUGGCCAAGUUCUGCUGUUCCUCCGACCCCCGUACACAAGCCAUCAAGUACUCGAUGUAUUUCUGCUGCAGGACAACAUCCCUGUGCAUGAGGUUGCCGUCCAACAAGGAGGUGCUGAGUUCAUCAGGAUCUCUUCCGACUGUCAUCUCAGCUUUGGUCAAAGUUACUGUGUCCACUGCGACCCUGAGGGCUUCACAAUACAGCCUGAGCGUGUAGCAUUUCGCUCAAAGUACGGACCGAACUUCUUUCCAACAUUUGAAGUUUUCCUGACUAGGAACUCGGAGAAAGUGACUUUGAUGGUGCAAGACCAAGACAGGAAAGAAGUCUGGAAACGUGACGUGUAUCUGGUACAGGCUUCACCCUCCUGCAGCAGCACUCCACCUGUCAGAGGUCCAGGACGGGAAAUGUCCCAGAGGAAUGUCCCAGCAGAGGACAGCGUCCCAGCAGAGGAGAGGCUGCACUCAGUUCGGAUACAGUUUAUAGAAAAAGUGUCUGAACCUGUUCUGGACGAGCUUCUGGAUCAAGUGUUUCACUGUAAGAUUAUAUGUUAUAAAGAAAUGCAGUUUGCCAGAACAAAACCCAGAGCAGACAAAGCACGAGACUUGAUCGACACGGUGCGAUUAAAAGGAACCGAAGCCAGCUCAGCUCUGAUCGCUGCUCUCUGUCAGGUGGAUCCAUGCCUUUCCAGAGCGCUGCACUUAAGCUGAAGCAAAAGCAAGACAGUGUGAUGAUGAUGAACCUCUAUAAUAUUACAAAAACUUGCACUACAUCGGAUGGAUGUUGAGCAGGAAAAUGAUUCCAUUAAGAGAUGGAAGCAGAAGACAGAAGCUUUUUGUGACGAAGGCACUUGUUCCGAUGCAAAAAAUGUCGUUAAAAGUGCGGCCAAAGACGUUUUUAAAGCCAAUGGAAAGAAAGAACCAAGAAGGUUAUGAUCUUAAAGUUUUGCUGAUCCUUCUCCAAAGACCACAGUGAGAACGAUCAUCUUUGUGUUACACCUUUCGAGAUCGCCACUACUUUUUUUAGUUUCGAAGAAGAUCCGUUCUUUAGUAUAGCUGUCUAAAUGUGAUGUGUUUACACGGAGUAUCUUUGUCGACAAAGUCAGAAAAAGUCCAAUGGAUCAGAAAAUGAAGAACUGAAACCUUUUCAACUCAUGUGGACAUGUCUGUGUGUCAGUUCACUCCAGGUGAAUUUGUGUCUAAUUCCAUCGUUCCUUUGACUUUGUAUGCAAUUUCUCCGCCUCUAAAAUUUGCUUUGCAUUCAGUCUGAACACACAGUUAAAGUUGACACUCAGGAAGCUGUAUGGCACAAACAGGUCCAGUCCUACAGCCGCACACAGGCAACAGUCAGCUUUUGUGUUUGAACUUCUUGGCUGUUUUAGCCCCGCUAAUGUAAUAAAAUGGCUGUCAGUCACUUUUACUGGGUUCAAACCAG